UUCGCCUCAGAGAUGACGAGAGAGUCUUGAGGGAGGGUGUGCGUGGCUCCCGCUCCGACAAACACAACCAAACACAACACGCUUCUCGGGGAAAAAUCAUUGUUUUUGUUUACAAAGUGGCGUCCCCCAAGGAACCGGGAGGCCUCUUGUGUUUUUGUUAUACAGAAAACGUGGGAUGAUAUUUGCUUGAAGUGGUAAAAAAUAUAUUAGUCUUGCGCUGAGCAAGAUUUGGGUUAAUGUUACAUGGCUCUUUAUGUCACGUAUUUUAAGUGCUUGAAAUUCUGUGAAGAAUAUUAGUGAAAAACAAAACCGGAUUUAUUGUGAAAGUUGUUGUUGUAAAAGAGUGUUACUGAUGUGAGGUGUGGUUAGUGAGCCGUGUUAACUUAACCUUGGAUUACCUGUGGUUGCUGUACACGAAGCAGGAGUGACCAUGGGCGUCCUGGUGACCAGAUGAGGGGUGUAAGGGCGGCGCCGCGGCCCUGCCUUCACUACGGGCCCUGUAGGAGUUGUGUGGGAGUCCUGUAGGAGCCAUGGUGGGAGUCACCCGCCCUGGGCCCCCACAUCGCCGGCUCCCGUCCGCCAGACGCACCUCAAGAUGCACGAUGAGUCCGGCGGACGGCUAAAACACCCUCAUGGAUUCGCUAAAUUCUGACGUGUAUUAUACAAGACUUCUAGUGCCAUAUAGAGAGAUUAUAGAGCUAUAUAGAUAAUAUAUAUAUAGAUAUAUAUAUAUACAUAUAAUAUAUGCAAGAGUGUAUAUGAGUGUGGUGGUGUAGAGGGGAUGGCCCGUGUGCUGGAGCCAGCUUACCUCCUGUUGGCCCUCUGUGCCGCCUUUGCCUCCGGCUGGGCCGACAAGUCCACCGACUUCAUCAAGGGCAAGAUAUGCAUCGGGACGACGGGCCGCAUGUCGGUGCCCUCCAACCGGGACCACCACUACCGCAACCUCCGGGACCGCUUCAUCAACUGCACCUACGUGGACGGUAACCUGGAGCUCACCUGGCUCCAGGACGAGAACCUGGACCUCUCCUUCCUGCAGUACAUCCGCGAGGUGACCGGGUACCUGCUCAUCUCCCACGUGGACGUGAAGAAGAUCGUGCUGCCCUCUCUACAGAUCAUCCGAGGCCGGACGCUCUUCAAGGUGUCCGUCAACGACGAGAGCUUCGCCCUCCUCGUCACACUCUCCAAGAUGCACACCCUGGAGAUGCCUGCUCUCAGGGAUAUCCUGCAGGGGAGUGUUGGGGUGAUCAACAACUACAACCUGUGCCACAUGGAGACCAUCGUCUGGAAGGAGAUAAUGUCUGACGCCAGCGCCCAGUACAUGUUCGUAUACAACUUCACGGAGCCGCAGAGGACGUGUCACUGCGACAAGGCAUGCAAGAAGGGUUGCUGGGGUGAAGGGGAACAUAACUGCCAAAAGUUUAGCAAGUUGACGUGCUCGCCCCAGUGCAGCCAGGGGCGCUGCUAUGGUCCGGGCCCUCGAGACUGCUGUCAUCUUUUCUGCGCUGGCGGCUGCACUGGGCCCACCCAGCGGGACUGUCUGGCCUGCGGCAACUUUUAUGAUGACGGGGAAUGCAAGCUCGAGUGUCCACCGAUGCAACGCUAUAACACCAUCACAUACUCAUGGGAGACAAACCCUAAUGGCAAGUAUGCUUAUGGGGCCACUUGUGUGAAGAACUGCCCAGAACACCUGCUGAAGGACAAUGGAGCCUGUGUCAGAUCCUGUCCAAAGGGAAAGAAGGCCGUGGAUGGCGAGUGUGUGCCUUGCAGUGGGCCAUGUCCCAAGACCUGCCCAGGAGAUAAGUUUAUAAAUGCUGGAAAUAUCGAUACUUUCAAAGGGUGUACAAUUUUUGAUGGCUCCCUCACCAUCAUGGAUCACUCCUUUGAUGGGUACCAGAACGUGUUUCCUAAUUAUACUUUUGGGGAGAAGUACCCGAGGAUGCACCCAUCAAAGCUGGAGGUGCUCAGCACACUCAAGGAAGUGACAGGUUAUAUCAACAUUCAGGCAACACAUCCAGAGUUUACUAAUCUCUCCUUCUUGAGGAACUUGGAGGUGAUUGGUGGUCGGGUCCUAACAGAAUAUUUCUCCUCUCUAUAUAUCAUCAAAACGUCACUUAAGAGUCUUAAUCUUAGGUCAUUAAAUAGAAUUCGGUCUGGGAAAGUUUGUAUUCUGGAAAAUAAAGAACUAUGUUUUAUAGAGAAGAUAAACUGGAAAAAAUUCAUCGGUAAUGGGGACGACACUAAGGCAAACUCACUGACACUGUUGCAGAACAAUGCAGACAGUGAGCAAUGUAUGGCUGAGGGCUUGGUGUGUCACAACGAGUGUAGUGAUGAGGGAUGCUGGGGUACCGGUGAAAAUGAGUGCCUGUCGUGUAGAAACUUCAAGUUAGGUGAACGAUGCCUUAACAACUGUAACAUUUCUGGAAUUUACCAGAUCGAUAAAAAAGUAUGUGGUUUCUGUCACGAAGAAUGUGCCAGUAGUUGUCAUGGACCAGAUUCCAGCCACUGCAACCAAUGCGAGAAUGUGAAAGAUGGACCGUACUGUGUGGAGAGAUGCCCAGAUACCAAAUAUAAUGAUAACGGUGAGUGUAGGUUAUGUCAUGAAAACUGUGUUGGUGGGUGUAAUGGUCCUGAAAAUACUAUAGGAAAACAUGGGUGUACAUCAUGCAAGAAAGCUGUGAUCAAUGGGGACCUGGAGGUGCAAUACUGUCUGUCUGAAAAUGAAUCCUGCCCUAAUGGGUAUUUCUCUGAGUGGGUGGUGCAUCAGGAAACUGGAGACCUGAGAAGACUAGCAGGGAAGACCAUCUGUCGACGCUGUCACCCGCGCUGCAAAAACUGCACAGCCUAUGGCUUCCACAUUAGUGUAUGCCAUGAGUGUGUGAGCUACAGGAGGGGAGAGCACUGUGAGGACGAGUGUCCCCAAGACCACUAUGCUGAUGAAAAGCUCCACGAGUGCUUCAAGUGCUCAUCAGAAUGUUCCAAUGGGUGUUCUGGGCCGCUGGAGUCAGAGUGCCAGACGUGUCGCAACUACAGGAUCUACCUGGAUGGGGAGCCUGGUAUGAACAACACAAAGUUCACCUGCACUGCUUUCUGCCCAUCUGAACUGCCUUACAAGAUCUUUCCAGAAGAUGCCUCUGAUCCUUACUGUGGCAAGGACCCACUGCCACUCCCAAUGGACGACGAGAGCAUCCCAGCUAUCUUGGGAGGGACUCUUGGCUGUGUGUUUCUGCUGUGCACCUUCCUGGCAGUAUUCUGCUACUUGUGGUGGCAGCGCAACAAAACCAAAGAGGCGGCACUCAAGAUGACUAUGACCAUGAUGCCCUAUGACGACAAUGAGCCCCUCAAGCCCACCAACAUAAAACCAAAUUUGGCUAAACUGCGAAUCGUGAAGGAGGCUGAGCUGCGCAAGGGUGGAAUUCUGGGCUAUGGUGCUUUUGGGACUGUGUAUAAGGGUGUCUGGGUUCCAGAGGGAGAAAAUGUCAAGAUUCCUGUGGCUAUCAAGGUUUUGCGAGAAGGAACUGGAACUAAUGUUAACAAGGAGAUUCUGGAAGAAGCGUACAUCAUGGCUUCUGUGGACCAUCCAAACCUUCUCCAGCUUCUGGCUGUGUGCAUGACCACUCAGAUUAUGCUGGUCACACAGCUCAUGCCCCUUGGCUGCCUCUUGGAUUAUGUCCGCAAUAACAAAGACAAGAUUGGAUCCAAACCGCUCUUAAAUUGGUGUACCCAAAUUGCACGUGGAAUGGCAUAUCUUGAAGACCGGCGUCUUGUGCAUCGUGACCUUGCAGCAAGAAAUGUCUUAGUACAGACUCCAAAUUGUGUUAAAAUCACUGACUUUGGUUUAGCCAAACUUUUGGACUACAAUGAAGACGAGUACAAAGCAGCUGGAGGAAAGAUGCCCAUCAAGUGGUUAGCCCUUGAAUGUAUACAGCAUAGAAUCUUCACACACAAGUCUGAUGUUUGGGCUUUUGGUGUGACAGUAUGGGAGAUAUUAGCAUAUGGUGGGAGGCCCUAUGAAGAUAUCCCUGCACGAGAAGUACCUGACCUUUUAGAAAAAGGCGAACGUUUACCCCAGCCAGCUAUAUGCACAAUUGAUGUCUACAUGCUCAUGAUUCGCUGCUGGAUGUUGGAUGCUGAAAGUCGCCCGAGCUUUCGUGAGCUGGCUGAGGAAUUUGCCAAGAUGGCAAGAGACCCUGGCCGAUUCCUGGUGAUACCAGGAGAUAAACUGAUGCGGUUGCCAUCUUAUACGCCACAAGAUGAAAGAGAAUUGAUCCGCUCAUUGUCAUCAGCCAUCGAGGGUGAAGGCAUUGUGAUGGCUGCAGAAGAAUAUUUACAACCUAAGUAUGGCAGUGGAAGUGUAGGUGUGACAGGUACUACCACCACCUCCUCAACUUCAACUUCUGACCCCACAACUCCAGUCAAGAAGACUGCAGGAGGGUAUACCUUGGGUGUUGGUGCAGAAUAUAUAUCAGGAAGAGCAGAAUCUCCCCAGAACCGUCAUAAUCUACAGAGAGAGAGGAAAUAUGCACAUUUAGAGGCUGGAGCCGUAGGAUCUCCAGGACAGAGGCCACGAGGCGAUUCUCUUACUUCACGCUACUGCUCCGAUCCGCUCAAGAUGCUAGGUAAAGAUGUUGGUGAUGAUGAUUGCUUUAAUGGUCAUGGACCACCCCAAUCAGCGCCCAGCUACGGGUGGGUUGGGGAUCUCCGGCUUGAUCUCCCUGUUGAUGAGGACGACUACUUGAUGCCAUCACCCCAACCAUCAGGUUUAGCCACAGUGGGUCCUUCACAUCAACAUUAUAUGGACCUAAUGGCUGAUGCUCCAGAUGGACGCAGAAAUGAUCACAACCAGAUCCGUGGAUUUAAGGGACCCAAUGGAACAGCUGGUCAGCAGUGGGUGGGCAUGGACAAUCCUGAAUAUCACAUGAUGAAUGCACGUGCUCAGAUGUAUGCUGGACGCCGCAUACACCCUCAGCAGACUGUAGGAGUGCCAGUACUAGAGCCAGGACGUUUCAGUAGCUAUGGUGGUAGUAGUGGACACAGCAGUGUCAGCAGCAAUGGUCAUACUCAGCAUCAUCCUCCACAAGAGAUGCCCCAUGAAUAUUAUAAUGAGCUCUCGCCUCACUCGCCUCACACUCUGGCAGCACGUAGUGAAACUACAGUCUGAAUGUUCAGAAAACCUCAUUCUUUGUCUCGCCCAGUGCAAGAUUUAAUGAAAAGAAAGUUCAAAAACAUUGGAUUGGUUAGUGAUGAGUGCUUGUAUAUGAAUUUAACCGGAACUUUCAAACCUUCUUUGCCGAGUCUGUGUCUACAAGAUGCAGCACAAAUAGCCUUGACUAUAGUGAAGUGUGGUAUGUACCGGUACAACUUGUGUCGUAAUGGAUAUUUAUAAGGGUUAGAGGAAUUAAAGAGUGUGGGGGACAUUUUUGGAAAUGCUCUUGUAAAACAACUGUGGUUAAACAAAAAUGAUAUGACUUGUGGAACACUGAAAACAUAAGGUUAUACAGUUUAACAAUUAUACUCCAAUAUUGCACUCUUAAUAUGUGAUAUACAAAGAUGCCAAUUUUUUAAUUCAUAUAAUGGACAUCUGGGUAUUGUGGCUAACAAUACUCUUUCUGAUUAGUGUUGGGGUAGUUGACUCAAUAAUUAUUGAUGAAUCGGACUGGCUGUAACUAGUCCGUUUGCAAGAGCUCCAAAAAGCUCACCUUUUCUGUGAUUUUAAAUAUAGUUUUACAUCUUGACCAUUUUGCAAGUGUUGCAAUAGAAUUAAUUUAAAAUGAAACCUUCUGGCGAAUAUGAACUGGGGAAAGUUUAUAAUUAGUGUUAAUAUCAACAGAUAAUAUCCUUUGAAAAUGGUGACCCAAGAUAUUGUUGACUUUAUUAUAUUUAACAUCAAUUUUAGUGAUGAUGUGGAAUUGCCAUCGAUAGUGACUUAAGGUGUGACAUCCAUCUUCAAAUAGGAAGAGGCUCUUCAUUAGUCUUAUAAGGUGCCCAAGAACUAGGCCUAACGAGUACAACAUAAUGGUCAAUAGUCAAUUCCUAAGUGCUGGCUAAACAUUUUUAGCUGUAUAUUUUGUUAAUGUAGAAUUGAAAUAUGAAAUCAUGAUCCUUGUUUUGCAAACAUUUAAGAUUUUUUAAUGAGAUGUAUAUUAAUCUCUCUAGAUUGAUAUUUUUAGUCAUUUUAUCACUAUUUAAAAUCAAACUUUUGAAUAAGGAAAUGUAUUCAUAUUAGAUUCAAGUUAUACACUAGUUUCUCAUGGUAACAUCAAUGUUCCACAUUUCUGCAAACCACUCAUUGAUAAAUUAGAAUUUGUUAUAACAAUGCUGCUUGCUUUUCCAGGUGUUAUAUGAUUCAUAAUAUGAAAUAAUCAUAAGUAUUGGUUAGUAAGAAGAGUGCAUGUUAACCAAAUCACAAAUCAUUGAGCUGGAGAUGCAGACAUGCAUAAUGCUGGAGACGCUACUAUUUCGUAGUGGUUGAAUGAAGGUGAAGGGGAGAGACUAAUGUGUGCAAGUGUAUUAAAAGACAAAUUUUCAAAUAUAAUCUACAUCCUUUCUCAAGGUGCUGUGUAUAACAUUGUAUAAAGUACCUUGAGAAAGGAUGUAGGUUACAUCCAAAAAUUGUGUUUUUAAUACAUUUGUGCAUAUAUUGGGUCUCUCCUUCAUCUUUAUAUAUAAUGUUUCUAUGCAUUAGGACUUGACUCUUGAUGCUCAAAGACAAAAUAAAUAUACAAUGCUUCAUUCCUCACUCAUGCCAUCAUCUCAACCUUUUUAGUCAUCUCACAACUUUGUAAAACAAAACAAAAAUAUGUGAUUGAUUUUGUCAACCUGAUUCUUUGUCAGUACUGCACAGUACAAGAUAUUUUUCUGAUGUACCGCAAAUAGUACAUUGAAAUGCUCUUCGAGGGUAAUGGUCACUAGUUCCAUAUGUAGUAUUGACCACUCUUAGUUGCCAAGUUUAUCCCUGGUCACUUUAAAAAUGUGUACUGGAACUGCUGAAAUCAACUGCGUUCAAGAUGAUAGGUUUUACAAGUGCCAAAAGUUUAGUAUUUCUACUCUGCCAUCUUAUUAUAAGGCAGACCAAGCAGUUGCCAUUUUAAUGUUUGCCUCUGCAUUAUUGCACAGAUGGUUUAUUUUGAAAACCAAAGGAAUGGGUUUUAAAGUCAGUGGAAAAAGUUCUUCAAAAUCUUCAGUAAACCUGAAUCUGUGUUUGAAAAUAUUUAGAUGUUAAGCCUAUUAUUCAUAAAUGAUAAAUAUUUUAUAUUUACUUUUUGUAAUUAAGCAGUUUUGCGGUUUUACUCCUUGCAUUUUUCAUUCGCACAAUGCAUUGGUGUUGGUACCUUAAGUAAACAGUGUAUAAUUCAAUAUAUACUAUUAUAUUUACUUUUGAGACAACACCUAGAAUAUAGUACAAAUCAGUUCUUCUGUUACCCAUUCCAGUUCCUGUGCUUGGUCUGUCACAUUGCACAAAUAUGAAUAAAGAUCAUUCUUGACAGCUCGUGCAAUAUUCUCAGUGCGUAAAUAUUGCUGUCACUUUUGCUUAAUUUCAUUGAAAUUCUUGGUAGCUUCAAGCUUAUGAGAAUAAAAAACAUUGUUUGGUUUGACAAUGGUAUUAAAGAAGUCUGUUGUCUAUCAGUUUUUCUGUUCUGUGUACAGUGUUUAUUUGAAUUUGUAAGAUUUUAAAAUUGAUGUGCAUGUGUGGACAUAUGGGUUUCUUGUGAGUUACAUUUUAAUAAAAUUCUAGCUUAAUAUAAUAACUUUCAGAACUAAAUUUAGGACAAUAGUCAUGUAUUUCUGAUAAGUGAUUUGCCAUACAGUAUACUAUACUUCCAAAAUCAAUUUCCUUGGUUUAUUUUGACGGUUAACAUGUUUACUAAUUUGAAUGAGAUAAUCCAUAGUGAAAUAAAAUCAGUUCUUAGUUCUGUACAUCAUUUUUAUUUCAUAGCAGGGACAUUAAUAUUAUGCUCUAAACACACACACACAAAACGUCUGUUUCUGUGAGACUUCCUCUCACUCACAUACUAACAUUCAUUCAUUCUCUCUCUCACUUUUUCAAAGAGAUAACUAUACACUCGUACACAAAUUAGACACAGCAGUCAGCAAGGGAGAUGCACAACCUCUAACUAAAUCUUUUUUCCACCCAUCAUAAUCCACUGCAUAUAAAUGUACAAUAUUGUAUAAUAUAUAUAAUUUGUUGGCCAAAUACAGAUGUCUCAAAAAGUAGUCAUUCAUAUAUUGCAGACUUUUUGAGUCAUCUGUGCAUUCUGUGCAUUCUUAACUUCUCAGUCAGGGACCUGUAAAUGUUUUGUAUAAAGAUAAAAUGCAUGAUGAAUAAAUUUGAACCGAGAUAUUUUAUAAAUGACCCAAUUUAUUUUUGCAUGAUGAACAAAAUAAAUAAAGAGUUCAGAUUUUAGUCAUGCAUUAUUGUAUUGUGGGAUGAAUUUAUUGCCAUGGUUCUGGAGCAAGACAAAGAUGGAUUCAGUUAAAAGAAUACAAGUCACAAUACCAUGACUGAAAUCUAUGCACAACCACUCAAGCUGGUGGGCUUUUGUGCACUAGAUUCAGUUAUACUGUAGUUGUGUCCCACCCAUUGGUACAAAAUGAAAUGUCCAAUAAGGAGGUGUUAAGUAUGAUUGGUAAAGUGGCAGUUUUGAAAUAAUCAAAAUUUCCAUUAAGUGACUUGUCAAAAUCCACAUUAUUGAUCAAUAACUCUAUCUUCUAUUUCUUAUAUAUUAUUGUAAAUAAUGGGCUGUAAAUUGUUUAUAUUUUUAGAGCAGAUUUUAUCAUUUGUCCUAUUUGAAUACAGUAAGUUUUGUACUUAAUGGGAUUAUGUACUUACAUAUUCAACUUAAUUCUUCCUUGCUUGGUAGAAAUCAAUCAUAAAUGUGGAGUAGCCAGUGUGGUAAGCCUGUGAUGCAAUUGACACAAGGCUCUCUAUCAUACUUAAGAUAUUAGAGAGGAAAUCUAAAGUGUAUUAUGGCUUCUGACCUGGUUACAUGCAGCUGUAGCCAUCAAGAGUUGAUAUGGUUGUGGACUGAUAUCUAACACAUAGGCAAGAAAAAUGUAUCUAUACCACAAAUUUUGCAAUAAAAGGUCAUUUUGA